GAAAUCCUGCUUCCGGUGAAAUGUAAACAAAGAAGUCUCUACGUUAAUUUUGCCAUUAAACUAGUCUUUUCAUGAAAUAUCAACGAUAUCUCUUAAAUGAGCAAUUAUUUAAAAACGAACGAUAUGUAUGCGGAAUGACCAGUAUACAGAAAAGUCCUUUUCUGGUGGAAUCCAAGAAGUUCAAAAUGAGAAAACAAAAGACAGAAAGCAAUACCAGGGAUAGUGACAUGGAAAGUGAGAGUGCGAUUAUAAAAAACAUUGAUUCCACGACCCAAACUAGCAUUAAAACUAUAUUGGCUAGGGUUAGUCGAGAGAAGUUAAUUUCAGGCCAAACAAUAGAUGACUUGAAUUCUGUUUGUGUCAAAAUCGAGAUUGAUGAAUGGUGUAAUACGGCUUCUGAUUUCUAUUCCGUGUGUGCCAAAUCAGAACAGGUGUUAUGGAAAGAGAGACAUCCAGAUUGCAACAAACAAGAUGGCUCCAAUUUAGUACAUGAACAAACAGGAUGUUUACACAUGGAUCAAGAUAAAACCAAACCAUAUGGUUUCAUCUCUGAAUGUGUGAAAUCAGAACAGACUGAUUGUGAAGAUGUCAAACAGCAAACUUGCAUCAAUUCUGUAUGUUUGAACAAAACCAUGACUGCCAAAUCAAAUCCACAUACAGCACAAGAUGAGCUCCAUUCUAUAUGUGGGGAAACAAAACAGUCACUAAAUCCAAAUACCCACCAGAUUUAUAUAACAACAAAUGAUCUCAAUUAUGAAUCUGGUAUAGCAAAGCGGUAUAUAAAUACAAAUAUGUACCAUGGAUCUACAACAGCAAAUGAUCCCAAUGCUUUAUGUGAUCUUACAUAUUUAAAAACACCCGAGAAUCAAGCAAAACUGGCCAACCUAAAUUCUGUAUUUCUGACAAUGGAAGAUAUUGAACUUUCAAAUGUUUACCAAUAUUGUCCUAGACCAACUGUGGGUGGAAAGAAAAUACAAAUGGACCAUUUCUUCAACCUUAAUUUUCCAAGACAUUUAAACCCUGAAAAAGAUGAAAAAGAGAUGUAUAUUGAGAGAAAGAAAAGGAAAAGAAGGAGCUGUCAUUUAACUCUUCCGGCACCAAAGACUGUUCGAGGUCAAGGUUCGUCCAGAGAUGUAGUCCAGCCCAGGGGUGCUUCAGCAAGUGAGAAUGCAGUGACAAGGACUGUCCCCCUUUUUCUGGCAACUUCUAAGAUGGAAUUGGAAGAAAAGGGUAACCAAGUUAAGAAAGUUAAGACACAAUUGCAGAGAUUGAAGAAAGCCAAAACUCCAGAAAAAGACCAGACUGAGUGCAAUCUUCAAGAUAGGAACCUUUUCAGCUGUAUGAGCAUGAAACCUCCAGAAAAUGACUAUUUUCUCUAUUGUGGAGACUGCAACAAAGGGUUUGAAGAUGACUGUCCUGUCCAUGGACCCUUCAACUACAUACAGGACAAAGAGGUUCCCGAAGUGGGCACCCUUAAAGCUGACAAUAGCUUGCCAGAUUGCCUCGAAAUCAAAACGUCCAAAAUAGCUGGAGCUGGUCUUGGAGUGUUUUCCAAGGUGGUGCUAGAACCCAGGAUCAUGUUUGGACCAUAUGGGGGCGAUAUCGUCACUUUCAACAAUAAGUCGGGAUAUUGCUGGCAGAUAUAUAAGGAUGGCAAAGCGAGCCACUUUGUAGAUGCCCAGAACAAGGCCACCUCUAACUGGAUGAGAUACGUAAACUGUGCUUUGACGGCGGCAGAUCAAAACCUUAUAGCAUUUCAGUACAGAGGAGGCAUCUAUUAUUGCACAUUGAAGCCCGUUUCACCAGAUGAGGAAAUGCUGGUCUGGUACGGAGAUGAAUUCGCAAGAGCACUUGGCAUUUUCACAGACAAUGUUACUAAAAACAGUGGUCACUUGAAAAGACACAAGAGGGUGCAUAUGGGAGACAGACUUUAUAAGUGUGAGGUGUGUUCUUAUGCAUGUAACAAGAGUAACCGAUUGAAGACACAUGUGAGGCUACAUACAGGAGAAAGACCGUUUAAGUGUGAUGUGUGUGGUUAUGCAUGUAACCAGAGCAGUGGCUUGAAGAGACAUAUGAUGAAACAUACAGGAGAGAGACUUUACAAGUGUGAGGUGUGUGCGUAUGCUUGUUACGAAAGUGGUGACUUGGAGAGACACAUUAGGAUACAUACAGGAUUGAGACCGUACAAGUGUAAGGUUUGUGAUUAUGCAUUUAACCGGAGAGAUUGCUUGACAAAACACAUGAUUAUACAUACAGGAGAGAGACCGUACAAGUGUGAGUUGUGCGGUUAUGCAUUUAAUUUGAGUGAUAACUUGAAGACACACAUGAGGAUACAUACAGGAGAAAGACCAUACAAAUGUGAGGUGUGUGAUUAUGCAUGUAACAAGAGAGAUAACUUGAAAAAACACAUGAGGAUACAUACAGAUGAGAGACCGUACAAGUGUGAGUUGUGCGGUUGUGCAUUUAAUUGGAGUAAUAACUUGAAGACACACAUGAGAAGACAUACAGGAGAGAGACCGUAUAAAUGUGAGGUAUGUGGUUAUGAAUUUAAACAGGCUUGUGACUUGAAGAGACAUUUGAAGAUACAUACAGAAAAGAGACUGUACAAGUGUGAUUAUGGUUCCUUGACGACACACAUGAAGAUACAUUCAGGAGAGAGACCGUUCAAGUGUGAUGGAAUGACCAGUACACAGAAAAAUCCUCUCCUGGUGGAAUCAACACAGUUUAAUAUGAGGAAACCAAAGACAGAAAGCAAUUUCACGGAUAGUGACAUGGAAAGGGAGAGUGUGAUUGUAAAGGACUUUGGUUCCACGACCCAAACUAGCGUUAACACUAUAUCUGCUAGGGAUAGUCAGGAGACCUUAAAUUCAGACCAAACAAUAGAUGACUUCAACUCUGUUUGCGUUAAAAUCGAGACUGAUGAAUGGUGUAAUACGGCUUCUGAUUUUUAUUCUGUGUGUGCCAAAUCAGAACAGGUUUUAUGUGAAGACAGACGUCCAGAUUGCAACAAACAAGAUGGCUUCAAUUUAGUACAUGAACAAACAGGAUGUUUACAUUAUAUGGAUCAGGAUAACACCAAGCAAGAUGGCUUCACCUAUGAAUGUGUGAAGUCAGAACAGACUGAAUGUGAAGAUGUCACCCAACAAGCUUGUGUCAAUUCUGUAUGUGUGAAUAAAAACACGACUGCCAAAUCAAAUGCACAUACAGCACAUGAUGAGCUCCAUUCUGUAUGUGAGAAAAUAAAACAGUCACUUAAUCCAAAUACUGACCAGGUUUAUAUAACAACAAAUGACCUCAAUUAUGAAUCUGGUAUAGCACAACAGUAUAUAAGUACAGAUACAUACCAUGGAAAUAUAGCAGCAUAUGAUCACAUUGCUUUAUGUGAUCUUACAUAUUCAAAAACACCUGAGAAUCGAGCUAAACUGGCCAACCUCAAUUCUGUAUUUCUGACAAGAGAAGAGAUUGAACUUUCAAAUGUUGACCAGUAUUGUGCUAAAUCAGCUGUGUGUGGAGGGACAGUACAAAGGGACCAUUUAUCACACUUUUAUGUUCCAAGACAUUUAAACCCAGAAAAAGAUGAACAAGAGAUGUUCAUUGAGAUUGAGAAAAGGAAAAGAAAGAGAUGUCAUUCAAUCGAUUCGGCACCAAAGAGGGUUCGAGGUCAAGGUUCAUCCAGAGAGAUAGUCAAGCCCAAGAGUGCUUCACCAAGAGAGAAUGCUGUUACCAGGACUGUCCCCCUUUUUCUGACACCUGCUAAGAUGGAAUUAGAAGAAAAGUGUGACCAAGUGGAGAAAGUAAAGACACCAUUGCAGAAAUUGAAGAAAGCUAAAAUGCCAGAAAAGGACAAGACGGAGUGCAGUCUUCAAAAGAGAAACUUUGCCAGCUGUAUGAGCCUGGAACCUCCAGAUAAUGACUAUUUUCUCUAUUGUGGAGAAUGCAAAAAGGGUUUUGAAGGGGACUGCCCUUUCCAUGGACCCUACAAGUACAUACAGGACAAAGAGGUACCGGAAGUAUGCCCUCUUAAAGCUGACAAUAGCUUGCCAGAUUGCCUUGAAAUUAAAAUGUCUAAAAUAGCUGGAGCUGGACUUGGAGUGUUUUCAAAGGUGGGGCUGGAUUCCAGGAUCAUGUUUGGACCGUAUGGGGGCGAUGUUGCCACUGACAACAAUAAGUCAGGAUAUUGCUGGCAGAUCUAUAAGGAUGGCAAAGCGAGCCACUUUAUAGAUGCCCACAACAAGGCCACCUCUAACUGGAUGAGAUACGUGAACUGUGCAUUAACGACGGCAGAUCAGAACCUUGAAGCAUUGCAAUACAAAGGAGGCAUAUAUUACUGCACAUUGAAGCCAGUCUCACCAGAUGAGGAAUUGCUGGUUCAGUACGGAGAUGAAUUUGCCAGAGAACUUGGCAUUAUCACAGACAAUGACAGUAAAAACAGUGGUUACUUGAAAGGACACAAGACGGUGAAUACCGGAGACAGACUUUAUAAGUGUGAGGUGUGUUCUUAUGCAUGUUACAAGAGUAGCCACUUGAAGACACACAUGAGGCUACAUACAGGAGAGAGACCGUAUAAGUGUGAUGUGUGUGGUUAUGCAUGUAACCAGAGCGGUAGCUUGAAGAGACAUAUGAUGAGACAUACAGGAGAGAGACCGUACAAGUGUGAGGUGUGUGGUUUUGCAUGUAAAGAGAAAUGUAACUUGGAAAGACACAUGAAGAUACACACAGGAGAAAGACUUUACAAGUGUGAGGUGUGUGCGUAUGCUUUUUACGAAAGUGGUGACUUGGAGAGACACAUUAGGAUACAUACGGGAGAGAGACCGUACAAGUGUGAGGUGUGUGAUUAUGCAUGUAACCGGAGAGAUUACUUGAAGAUACACAUGAGGAUACAUACAGGAGAGAGACUGUACACGUGUCAGUUGUGCGGUAGUGCAUUUAAUUGGAGUGAUGACUUGAAGACACACAUGAGGAUACAUACCGGAGAGAGACGGUGCACGUGUGAAGUAUGUGGUUACGAAUUUAAACAAGAUUCUGACUGGAAGAGACAUUUGAAGAUUCAUUCAGGAAAGAGACUGUACAAGUGUGAUGAGUGUGGUUAUGAAUGUGACCUUAGUGGUAGCUUGAAGACACACAUGAGGAUACAUACAGGAGAGAGACCGUACAAUUGUGAGGUGUGUGGCUUUUCAUGUAAACAUAGUGGUACCUUGACGACACACAUGAGGAUACAUACAGGAGAGAGACCAUUCAAAUGUGAUGUGUGUGGCUUUUCAUUUAAACAUAGUAGUCACUUGAAAAGACACUUGAUGAUACAUUCAAGAGAGAAACAAGUGUGAGUUGUGUUUAUGCAUGUUAGAAGAGUGGUACCUUGAUGACACACUUGAGAAUACGUUCAGAAGAAAGGCUGUACAAGUAUGAGUGGUGUUGUUUUGCAUCUAACACAAGUGGUUACCUGUAAAAGCACAUGAGGAUUCAUAAUUGAAGAAAUAUCUACAGCAGGACCCGCCCAGGAAAAUGUCACAAAUCUCUGAUAAAAGUAGUGUUAGGGCUUUAAUAUUUUGCAAGGAACACGUCUUGGUUUCUUGUGAUUAAUAUAUACUUGUAUAAUAAGUUAACUAAACAAUCUUCUCUUAAACGACAAGCCAUGAAGGUGUAACAUUUGAAAGUAAAAUUAUAUAAUUUUCCUCUACCAAGUUUGUUUAAAUCAUGCCCCUAUGGUAAAAACUUGCGUUGUCCUGCAUCUAUUUUGUUUGCACUGUACGUGUAUAGUGAAAAACUUUCUCUCUGGAACUACAAUGCCCAGAGUUUUGGUAUUUGACAUCUCACAUAAAUUGAGCUUCUAUACUAAGUUUAUUCAAAACUGGCACCUACUGGUUGUAACCGCUGUUCCAUAUUUGUAGUCAAAGUGAAACAAUCACUGUAACCCCUAGGGUUCGGUAGUUAGCAUGAUACAUGGCAUGGUUGUUUUCUUCCAUGUUUGUACAAAUAGUGCCCUGAUUUAAAAUUGGCUCCACUGUGUGGUAACUGGUUUCCUGUACAGUAUAAAAGUGAAAACUUUCAAAAUAUUCUCUUAAACUGCAAGUCACGAAGAUUGGUAUGUGACCAGUUUAUCGUUGUGUUUUCCUCAACCUUUUUUUAAAGAUUUUUCCUAAUUGAUUGAAAUCGACAUUGUGAUAACCUGUUUGAAUUAUAUAUUUGCCAAGUCCGAAAGUGAUUGGUGUCGGUCAGGUAUUUUUAUAUGGUGACAGUGAAACAUAGUGUACACUGUAAAAUAGUAAAAAUAUAACGGUAACUCAAGUUAUGUGCAUUAACUGUUUAUAUUGAUAACAGUGCUAGAAUCACAUACCAAGGCUUAAAGCCGUAUGUAUUUUGAAAUAAACUUUACAGACAGUAUAAAAUUAAAUAUUUUGACAAUUUGAUGCGGUUCCAUUUUUGUUAAAAGAAUAUGAAUGCUAUCAUACUGAUGGCUAUUUCUUUUCAAUAUGAAUUGCUUCAAUCAGGCUAUGUAUAAAACAAUUACAAGUAUAUGUUUGUUUCCUGAACUUCAUGAUGAAGGGAAAAUAUGUCAUUAAUACGAUAAUAAAAUUCACAUUAUU